AUGGGUGGUAAAGCCCCCCAGCCUCCUCCCCCAGCCGCCUCCGCCAUCUCCUCCUCCAGGAACGCCCCUGUCACCUCCACGCCCACCUCCUCCAGACGGACCGCCGGACACCUCGCCUUCAGAGGAUUUAAACUCGGUCAGCGUGUGAGUAAAGGUGUUGGAGACGGCAUUUCGAGACUCGGUCAAGCCGUCGGCAGUGGUGGUAGAGGAGCCGCUGGUGAAAAUAAGCCGGAAGGAGUGGUUGAAACUCAGCCGGAGGUCACCAGGUCCAGAAAACUCGACUUAGAGAGGAUCGGUGUUAAGCUGUCCGGGCUGACUAGUCGAGACGCAGCUACCCCAGCAGGAGCAGCAUCAGAAGUGGGACCAGGAGGCACAAGUUCUCUCAGUGUAACGCCGGUCACUGACGAUGAUAGAACCAUCACCAGGUCCUGGGGUGAGGAAGGUGUCGGGGCCUCCUGCAGAAGGGAGAUGCCCUACCGGAAACUCGCCAAACUCCUGGGCAAGGAGCCCGCUUCCCCACCGCCACAGACAGACUUGCCAGCCCACGCGCUCUUCCUACGAGAGGCUCCCCGAGGCAAGGUUGGAAGUGUAAAGAUGACUUACACACGCGAGGGAUACAGCGGCAAGCGGCCAGCUUCCUCUGGUGAUAACCCAGGUUUCUCCAGCGCCAAGAGGCAACGUGUUGAGGCCCCCUUGCUCUCUGUGUCUUGGUCUCAAGUAACCAAAGUUCUUGAGGUAGACGAUUGUUGUUCCUUCAACGUCUUCGAGGGCAAGGUGGCCCUUGAUAAUAGCACUUUUCACGACGUCAUCAUCAAGGAAGCUGAUCACAUGAACAACAAGGCAAUGUUAAUGGCAGAAUGCGAGACACUUAAGAAGUUGUCUGGAGCAGGAGGCGCCCCUCGUGUGUACGGCGUGACCAGCGACUCUCCCUUCGCCCUCCUCCUCCACAUCACCCCAGGCCAAGGGCUCGACAGGUAUAUGCUUAACCACUAG